CUUAAAGGCGGAAGUUUCACUUCCACUCACUUCAUUUCUCGGAGGCUGAGAAUAGACGGGCAGAAGUCGCUCCUCUCUCUUCACACAAACCCGGGUUCCUCGAGGUGCAUCAUGAGCAGCAGCUACAGUGUCUCCCUGGCCAGCCCUGCCCCGUGGGGCUUUAGACUGCAAGGAGGAAAGGACUUCUGCCUGCCCCUCACCAUCUCACGGCUGACUGACGGAGGCAAGGCAGUUAAAGCCGGGAUGAACAUUGGAGAUAUCAUCCUUUCCAUCAAUGGCAUUUCCUCAGAAGGCAUGAAUCACCUGGAGGCUCAGAACAAGAUUAAAGCUUGUACCGGCAACCUCAGCCUCACUCUGCAAAGAGCCUCCGCUGUCUCGAAAGAGGAAUCACACAAGGAAGAGCCUCAGGAAAUCAUUAAGCCUGUGCCGAUCACUCACCCUGCGCCGAGCACCACAUACACCAAGCCACCAAGCCAGCCCACUCCUUUGUACAACAAGACAGCUCGCCCGUUUGGGGGCGGCAGCAGUGGGGUUACUGCUUCUUCCUCCCUGACUGCUCCAAAAGUUGCCUCUAUCCCUUCCGAAUCAUCAGCUUUCACCCCAGCCUCUCCCUCUCAGCCUCCACAGCCUCCUUUCGCAUUGAAGUCAAGCCUCCCCGCUUCAGAUUCGGCCAUAGUAAACUCUGGCCCCAAAAUCAGCGCCAGCCGUUCUGCCUUCACCUCCCCCUCUGCCUCAUCCACUUCAUCUAACUCCUCAUCUUCACCCAGAGUGACGGUACCCCCUGCCCAUCCUAAUGUCCCGCAGCCCUCCGUCUAUAACACACCUAUCAACCUGUACUCCAACGCCAAUGCUUGUGAAGUUGCUAUUGGACAAAGGCGAGGCCUUUUGGAGAGCCAGGGUCUCUCAGAGCAUGUAAAUGGGAAAGCUGUUGUGGAGCCUGAAAAGAGCGUGUCCCCUCUGAGUGACGCCAGCAAAAAGCGUCUUAUUGAAGACACGGAGGACUGGCACCCACGGACCGGUACCUCCCAGUCUCGCUCCUUCCGCAUCCUCGCACAAAUGACUGGCACUGAGAACGAACAAAUGCCAGAAAAUGGAAAAAAAGAAGCAGUUGACCAAACCACCCCCAGUGUUCACACAUCGUCUGCUGCAAAAACGUAUUCCAAUUCUGCAGCAGCUCCCAGGAAUGGCAGUGUAGUCCCUGGAUCCACAUUUAAGACUCCUGCUCAAAAUAAGAACCUCCAGCCUGGAGGUUUAGCAGGCUUUUCUAAAGUGGGAGCAGGCCCCUCAUUUGGGAAAAUAGUCAGUCCUGCUCAGAAAGAACCGGACCGGCCCACUCCACAGCCACAUCCUGAAGAUCUGAACUCUUUGGUGCAACGUGCUGAGCAUAUACCUGCUGGUACCCGCACCCCAAUGUGCUGCAAGUGCAACAAAGUCAUAAGAGGCCCAUUCCUCGUGGCCAUGGGCAUGUCCUGGCACCCUGAGGAAUUCAACUGCGCUCACUGCCACUCCUCCCUGGCAGAACGGGGAUUUGUUGAAGAGAAGAACCAGGUGUACUGUGUGCAUUGCUACGAGCAGUUCUUUGCUCCCACCUGUGCCAGUUGCAACCAGAAGAUCCUCGGAGAAGUCAUGAAUGCCCUGAAGCAGACCUGGCAUGUGUCCUGUUUUGUCUGCGCUGCCUGCCACCAGCCAAUCAGAGGCAACACAUUUCACAUGGAGGACGGACAGCCAUACUGUGAAAGAGACUACUACACCAUGUUUGGGACCAACUGCCAUGGCUGCGACUUCCCCAUUGAGGCCGGAGACAAGUUCCUGGAGGCGCUGGGUUUUACCUGGCAUGACACCUGUUUUGUGUGUGUGGUUUGCUCCACCAGCCUGGAAGGCCAACCUUUCUUCUCCAAGAAGGACAAGCCCUUAUGCAAGAAACAUGCUCACUCUGUCAACAUCUGAUUCGUCCUAUGGCUGCAGAAUUUUAUGAGAUGCAGUUUGGGAUUCUAUGAGAUUUUGGAUUAAUACCUGAACAAGAAACGAUCUGGUCUACCAGUUUGUGGAUUUUGGUAACAUAACAGUUGGUGAAACAAAUCACUAAGUUUAGUUUCAAAUCCUUUGUAGUAUAUUUUUGGUGUGCUGUUCUUAUUGCUUAAAACUCUUUAGCUAAAUAUUCCAACUUAAUUUCAGUUCACUGUUAGCAUUUGGGUGAGAGAGCUAAUUGUGGUUUAUUUGUUUUAUCCAGAACUCAUGCAGUGACCUACUGAGCCCAUUAGGGUGUCAUUACAAUACACUUUUGUAUGAAAGCUACAUCUGGUAAAAGUACAGCUAUUGCAAGAUUUGUAAGUGAAAACUAUUUAAUGUUGAGUGAAAAACAUAUUUAUGUGCAAGUCUGUGUGUUCUGGAGGUUUAGCAGGAAGUGUUAUGGUUGCAUCAUGGUAUAUAUGUAUUUCCUAAAGUUAUUCAUUACCUCUAGACAGCUUUUAGUAUCGUGCAUAGGUUCAGGUUUAAUUAUUUCUGAAUUUGAGAGUAUUUUUUCAACCUUCAUCAGCAGAUCACUUGGAUGAUUGUAAUGUUUUGUUUUCAUGUAAUAUGAACAAAACACUUUUGUUUUCAGCUAGUGCCUUUCAUUAAAAUGCAUUUUGAAAAAGAAUUAUUUUAUCAAAAGGUGUGCCAUUUCAAGCAGGAAUGUGAUUUAAGGGAUGGAUUUUGCUUCAUUAAAAUAAAGUAUUUUGUAACUGGUA